AUGGCGGCGGCGGAGGCCGCGGGCCCAGCGGGGCCCGGUGGCGGAGGUGGUGGCGGCGGCGGGACGGGCCUCACGGACCUGCCGGGCGAGCUGCUGGAGCUCAUCCUCUGCUGCGACGUGCUGGGCGCCGCCGACAUCGGCCGCGUGUCCUGCACCUGCCGCCGGCUGCGCGAGGCGUGCCAGCCCCGCGGGAAGGUGUGGCGGGAGCGCUUCCGCCUCAGGUGGCCAUCCCUGCUGAAGUAUUACAGCCACACAGACGGGGUGAGCUGGCUGGAGGAGUACAAGGCCCGGCACAACGCAGGGCUGGAGGCCCAGAGGAUCGUAGCUUCCUUCUCCAAAAGGUUCUUCUCAGAACAUGUCCCCUGCGAUGGAUUCAGUGACAUUGAGACCCUGGGGUGCCCCAGUCACUUCUUUGAGGACGAGCUGAUGUGUAUCCUGAACAUGGAAGGAAGGAAAGGCCUCACCUGGAAGUAUUAUGCAAAGAAAAUCCUCUAUUUCCUGCGGCAGCAGAACAUAUUAAAAAACCUGAAGGAGUAUCUGCAGCGCCCCACUGAUCGACAGUCCUUCCUGGAGGGUGCUGUUUUGAUUGAUCAAUACUGUAACCCCCUGUCAGACAUCUGCUUAAAAAGUGUCCAGGCGCAGGUGGACGACAUCACGGACAAAGUGCGCAAAGUCCUGCGGACCAAAAACCCGAGGCACCCCAGCUUGGCUUCCAAGGCAGGGGAGGUCUCUGUUCCAGAAGUGGAACUCCAGCGGCAGGUGCUCGAUGCCAUGAACUGUGUCCUGUAUGAGCAGUUAAAAUACAAAGGAAACGAGCUGGAUUACUACAACUCCCUGAAUUCAUACAUCCACCAGGUUUUGAUCCGCAGGACAGGAAUUCCCAUCAGUCUGUCUGUGCUUUAUUUAACAAUUGCCAGGCAACUGGGAGUCAAACUGGAACCAGUCAACUUCCCCAGCCAUUUUCUCCUGAGAUGGUGUCAGGGAAAAGAAGGGAGCACGGAUAUUUUUGACUACACCUACAUCGACGCCUUUGGGAAGGGGAAGCAGCUGACGGUGAAGGAGUGCGAGUACCUGAUCGGGCACCACGUGACAGAGGAGUUCUAUGGCGUGGUGACCUCCAAAGAGGUCCUGCAGCGGAUGGUGGGCAACCUCCUGAACCUUGGCAAGCGAGAAAGCACUGACCAGUCUUACCAGCUUUUGAGAGACUCCUUGGAUCUGUACCUGGCCAUGUAUCCGGACAAUGUGCAGCACCUAAUGCUCCAGGCUAGGUUAUACUUCCACCUGGGAAUCUGGCCAGAAAAGGUCCUGGACAUCCUGCAGCACAUCCAGGCCCUGGACCCGUCUCAGCAUGGGGCUGUGGGGUACCUGGUGCAGCACACCCUGGAGCACAUCGAGCGGCGCAAGGAGGAGGUGGGGCCCGAGGUGAAGCACCGCUCGGACGAGAAGCACAAGGAGGUCUGCUUCUCCAUCGGGCUCAUCAUGAAGCACAAGAGGUACGGCUAUAACUGCGUGAUCUACGGCUGGGAUCCCGCCUGCAUGAUGGGACACGAGUGGAUCCGGAACAUGAACGUGCACAGCCUCCCCCACGGCCCCCACCAGCCCUUCUACAACGUCCUGGUGGAGGAUGGCUCCUGCAGAUACGCUGCCCAAGGUGAGCAGGAGCCUCCCUGUGCCCUGUCUGCGAGUGCACUGGGAGAAGGGGAUGCUUAA